UUUCACUUGUCUUGUCACAAGUCACAGGAAUGAACAGCAAAUUUUUGAAGUGUCAUACUGUUUUUAUUUAGCAAAAUAGUUAAUUGGGAACAAAGAUUUUAUUAGAAUAAUAUACCGAAAAUGCCGAGUCAAGAAUUAACAACUAAUAAAGUAAUAGUCCACCCUUUGGUUCUUCUAAGUGUGGUGGACCAUUUUAAUCGCAUGGGCAAAAUCGGCAAUCAAAAGCGUGUUGUUGGUGUUCUUCUUGGCUGUUGGCGUGCUAAAGGAGUCUUAGAUGUUUCUAACAGUUUUGCAGUUCCUUUUGACGAAGAUGACAAGGAUAAGUCUGUGUGGUUCUUGGACCAUGAUUACUUAGAAAACAUGUAUGGAAUGUUCAAAAAAGUUAAUGCCAGGGAACGAGUAGUAGGUUGGUACCACACCGGCCCCAAACUUCAUCAAAAUGAUAUUGCCAUUAAUGAGUUAAUCAGAAGGUAUUGUCCAAAUUCCGUUCUAGUUAUCAUAGACGCUAAACCAAAAGAUUUAGGUUUACCAACUGAAGCUUAUCAAGCUGUAGAAGAAGUACACGAUGACGGUUCACCUACAUCUAAAACAUUUGAGCAUGUUCCUAGUGAAAUCGGAGCUGAGGAAGCUGAAGAAGUUGGUGUUGAACACUUAUUGAGAGAUAUUAAAGACACAACUGUUGGUACUUUGUCACAGAGAAUAACGAAUCAGCUUUUAGGGUUAAAAGGUCUCCAUUCACAGUUACGUGAUAUUAGGGACUAUUUGGUACAAGUGUGUGGUAACCAGCUUCCAAUCAAUCACCAAAUCAUCUACCAAUUACAAGACAUAUUUAAUCUUUUGCCCGAUAUAAAUCAGGAUGCAUUUAAUACAUCGUUUUACGUGAAAAAUAACGAUCAAAUGUUAGUCGUUUAUCUAGCAGCUUUAGUUAGAUCUAUUGUCGCUCUACACAAUCUUAUUAACAACAAACUAACAAAUAGAGACGCGGAAGAAGGAAAAAAGGAGGAUAGUAAGAAAGAAAGCAAAGAUAAGGACAAGGAUAAAGAGAAGGAAAAGGAUAAAGAUGCUAAGAAGGACGAGAAGAAAAAGUAAUUGUGUAUUAUAUCUGGUUCUACAUUCAAAUGUUCUCAUGUUGUGUUUUCAAACACGAUAUUUUAAUGGUUUCAACACUUUCCAUUUGAUUCGAGUAUAAUAAUUUAUUUUCAUUUUAUAUGCUAGUUUAGUAUAUACCUAACUUCCUUACUAAGUUUGAUUUAUAUUUAGGCAAUAAAGUUCUUUAUAUAA